CCGCCAAUUUAAGAAGCUUUUUCUGUUGAAUAACCUGAUUUUUGUUUAAAUGUCAACGCGACCAAGAGUAAUACAUUAUUCAUUGGUCCUUUAACUGCAGCGGAAAUUAAUUUACCGACGCAGUGGUAACGUUAGCGAAACGAGCGGUUAACACUUGAUGCAAACGGCAGUGACAGCUUCAUCAGCCAGGGGAGGAGUCGUGCAUACGCAGAGUCCACCCCUGUUGAAGUGUUGGGUGAUAAAAGAAGGAAUUACAGGUUGAAGAUGUACGAAACUCAUUAGAAGCCGUUACACAGGGCAGGUACCGUUACGUACACAAGACAAGCCAAACUCGGACUUCAGGAGUUUAAGUAAGAACAAACGCUCUUUACCGACUAGGGAACCAUGGAGGCAAAGUCAUUAAAGUGACCAUGCUGCUACGAAGGCUGACUCUGUGUUCAAGGACCCGACUGGAUUACCCGAGACACGUAUGCAGGUUGCUCACCAGACCACUGACACAAGAGGGGAGGGCACAUGGCAGCUCCUUUGCACACCGCAGUGAACUGCGUAGGGCCAAGAGGAUCGUGGUCAAGCUCGGCAGUGCCGUGGUCACCCGUGGGGAUGAAUGUGGCCUGGCUCUGGGGAGGCUCGCCUCUAUUGUGGAGCAGGUGGCCAUGCUGCAGAAUCAAGGCAGGGAGAUGAUGAUUGUCACCAGUGGAGCUGUGGCCUUUGGCAAGCAAAGAUUAAGACAUGAGAUCCUUCUGUCCCAGAGUGUCCGACAGGCGCUGCACUCAGGUCCCAUUCAGCUCAAAGAUAUGUCUGUGCCAGUGCUGGAGGCCCGGGCCUGUGCCGCGGCUGGACAGAGUGGCCUGAUGGCCCUGUAUGAGGCUAUGUUCACCCAGUACAGCACUUGCACGGCACAGGUCCUGGUGACUAAUCUGGAGUUCCACGAUGACCAAAAGAGGCAGCAUCUGAACAGCACACUGCAGGAGCUGCUGCGAAUGAACAUUGUGCCCAUCAUCAACACUAAUGAUGCUGUGGUGCCCCCGCCGGAGCCCAACAGUGACCUGCUGGGGGUAAAUGUGAUCAGCAUUAAGGACAACGACAGUCUGGCGGCGCGGCUAGCUGUAGAGAUGAAGGCCGACCUCCUCAUCGCGCUGUCUGACGUGGAAGGACUUUACAACAGCCCCCCUGGAACAGAUGACGCAAAGCUCAUUGACAUCUUCUACCCUGGAGACCAGCAGUCCAUCACCUACGGUACAAAGUCCAGAGUUGGUAUUGGAGGCAUGGAGGCCAAGGUAAAGGCUGCUCUCUGGGCCCUACAAGGUGGCACCUCAGUGGUCAUUGCAAAUGGCACCCACCCCAAAGUAACAGGUCAGGUCAUCACUGACAUUGUGGAGGGCAAAAAGGUGGGAACCUUCUUCUCUGAGAUCAAACCAGCUGGCCCAACAGUGGAGCAUCAGACAGAAAUGGCACGCAACUCUGGAAGAACCCUGGCAUCUCUGCACCCAGACCAGAGGAGUGAGAUCCUCUGCCAUUUGGCAGAGUUGUUGACUGAAAGGAAGGAAGAGGUUCUGGCUGCCAACAAGAUGGACAUAGACCAGGCUUUAAAUGCAGGCCAUUUGCCACCAGCCAUGCUGAAGCGUCUGAGCUUGUCACCUGCCAAACUUAACAGCUUGGCCAUAGGUCUGCGCCAGAUCGCUGUGGCCGCCCAGGACAGUGUGGGUCGGGUGCUGCGCAGGACCAGGGUGGCUCACAAUCUGGAGCUGGAGCAGAUUGCUGUGCCCAUUGGAGUUCUUCUGGUCAUCUUUGAGGCCCGACCUGACUGCCUGCCACAGGUUUCAGGAUUGGCCAUAGCCAGUGGUAACGCCCUCCUGCUGAAGGGAGGCAAGGAGGCAGCCAACACCAACCGUGUCCUCCACCAGCUCACCCAGGAAGCCCUUUCCUUGCACGGAGUCAGAGAGGCAGUGCAGCUGGUGAGCACUCGUGAGGAGGUGGAGGAUCUAUGCCGACUGGACAAGAUGAUCGACUUGAUUAUCCCUCGAGGUUCAUCCCAGCUGGUGAGGAACAUUCAGCGGGCGGCCAAGGGCAUCCCGGUGCUGGGUCACAGCGAGGGAAUCUGCCACGUCUACGUCGAUUCAGAAGCCAGCGUUGACAAAGUCCUCAAAAUUGUCAGGGACUCCAAAUGUGACUACCCAGCUGCAUGUAAUGCCAUGGAAACUCUGCUGAUCCACAGGGACAUCCUCCGGACCCCACUGUUUGACCAGAUCAUUGACAUGUUGCGCGCUGAACGGGUGAAGAUUCAUGCAGGCCCCCAGUUCGCCUCCUUCCUGACAUUCAGCCCAUCGGAGGUAAAGUCUAUGCGGACUGAGUACGGUGACCUGGAGUGUUGCAUAGAGGUGGUGGACAGCAUGCAGGAGGCUGUGGACCAUAUUCACAAGUAUGGAAGCUCCCACACAGAUGUUAUCAUCACAGAAAAUGAGAACACAGCGGAGCAGUUCCUUCAGCAGCUGGACAGCGCCUGUGUUUUCUGGAACGCAAGCUCACGUUUUGCUGAUGGCUACCGCUUUGGUCUAGGAGCAGAGGUCGGUAUUAGCACGGCUCGCAUUCAUGCCCGGGGCCCCGUCGGCCUGGAGGGGCUGCUCACCACCAAGUGGGUCUUGAGAGGUGCGGGGCAAACGGCAGCCGACUUCUCUGAGCAGGGUACCAUGAAGUACCUCCAUGAAAACCUGCCGGUCGAGCAGCCUCUUACUGUGCAGAGGGACAGCAACUAGACCAGAGGCUUUUUACAACACUCACUUGUUAUGAAUAUUGGUCAAAAUGGUUUGCAUUGCUCACCUGCAGCUCCCUCUGGGGUCUUGUGGCAAAUUUUCAGAUCACUCUUUUUAAACCUCUGAAGCACAAAGCAUGAAGAGAGAAGCUUAACCCACCAAUGGUCCAUUUGAUCAGCACAACCACAGAUGUCCCCUGUUUAGACUAAAGACUGUUACUAAGUUGACAAAUGUUUUGAAUUCUACCUCAUCUUAUUUUAUGAGUUAGGUAACUUCCACUAAUAGGAUCUUGCAGGAGUUAUUAUGUGGCAAUCACAACCUAAUACCUCCACAAUAAUACAUCAAAUGGAGAAACUUUACAAGAAGGGAGAAAACUAAGAUGACUUUUAUGAUAAAUGAAAUACACAAUGUGUAUUGUAUUACAAUGUGUUCAUGUAUCAAAGAAAAUUGAAGUGCUUGAAAUUAUUUUUUUAAGAAUUCAAUCUCAGGACAUGAUUUUGAAAGUGAAAUAUUCACACAGACAUUUAAUUUACACAUACAAUGUGUAUAAGAAAGGAAGAAGGCCCAAGUUUAUUUUAUCUGGUUGCAAUUUCUUACAACUACCCACAAGGUUCAUACUGAUUGUACACUUUCUUUGUUUUAUCUUUUCUUGCUGUAUUUCCAGGUUGAAUUUUGUGUAUGUUUCUGAAUGUACAGGUAUUUUGAUUAGGUGAGGGUCUAGGUAAUUUUCGUAAUGGAACUAAUAACACAAGUUGGCAGUUGAUAGUAGAGCAUUCAUUCUUUCUCUGUUUAACAUAACCUGGGUGAGUUACAGAUAAAGAUUUCCUGUAUUAAAACUUAAAUAACAAUUAUUUUACAAAAGUAACAGGAAUGUACCAGUUUUGUUAUUGCGUCAUGUAAGUUAGAAUACUUGUAUGCAUCCAUUUUAUUUAUUUUAUUUGAUCAUUCUUACAAGUUGUGCUCAUUCUUCCAUACUUUGCUGCUUUCCUGCUUGUUCGUUGUGGCGCCCAAAGCCUCCGUCAGAGCAGGAACUGUAAUUGACAAGCUGCCUCCUUCAAGCUGGAGGGGAGAACGCGACUGCUUUUAAAUUAAGCUUUGUACCAUUCCAGCCUCUGAGCUCCUAUCUGAUGUCUUGCAAUGCACACUUAAGGAUUGGUCUGGAUUGUAUAAUAGUAGUACUGUCGAAUA